CUGAGUGUGGCGAAUGUGUCGACCCGCGUCCACGGCUUAGCGUUAGCUACAGCAAUGUUUGCCCCUUUUGUUCAACCGAGUUUGUGAAUUAUUCCCAAUACAAUGAAAUGAUCGGGAUAUCAUAUUGUUUCAUAAAACCUUCCCACUGUACCCGCGCUUUCUGUGAUGUCGACUGGGAUCAUCUAAUGAAUUAAAAUCGAUCCGCAGCGCUUCCGAUCAGGAGUGAGCUUUCCAGAAGCAGUCUUGAGGAACGUGGAGUAAUGUAAACGUGAGCAGCGUCAGUCGCAGCAGUGGCUGUUGGCACAAUGGGGCUGGACUUUGAUGUGAAGACUUUCUGCCACAACCUGCGGGCCACCAAGCCUCCGUACGAGUGUCCUGUGGAGAGUUGCCGCAAGGUUUACAAGAGCUACAGCGGCAUCGAGUACCACCUUUACCACUAUGACCACGACAACCCCACGCCUGCGCAGGCCGUACCACAGAAGAAGAGGAAAGGGCGGCCUCCCCGCGCGGCACUGGCCGGAUCAGGAGACACCGAUGAUGGAGGAGGGGGAGGAGGAGGAGGAGGAGGCCACGGGGGCAACACCCCGGGCAGCCCCAACCGCUCAGACCGCUCCCACUCCCCAGGCAGAGAGACCAUGACCUAUGCCCAGGCGCAGCGCAUGGUGGAGCUCGAGAUUCAGGGGCGCAUUCAUCGGAUUAGCAUCUUCGAGAACAUCGAUGUGGUGUCAGAGGAAGACAGCGAUGCAGAGGCGGCUCCACCUUCUGGGACUGGAGGCAGUGGCGGAGGUGUGUGUAACGGUGGCGAAGGUGGAGCUGGAGGUAGCGAGGUCGGGGGCAGUGGCAAGGACCGGCCAGACCUCCCGUCCUCUAAUGGGGGCAAAGCCACCCCAAAAUCUGGGAAGCACAAGAGCAAAGAAAAGAAGAAGGACGGCUCAUCGCAUCAUCACAGUGCACAGUCUGGACCUGCAGUCAAGCUUCCUGAGGCGGUGUUCAGAGAGCUGGACCAAGAGAGGCCCGAAGCGCCUCCUCGGCCGCUGUCAUACUACAGGUACAUUGAUAAGUCUGUGGAGGAACUAGAUGAGGAGGUGGAGUAUGACAUUGAUGAGGAAGACUACAUCUGGCUGGACAUCAUGAAUGACAGACGGCGGCGCGAUGGCGUGACACCCAUCCCCCAGGAGGUCUUUGAGUACCUCAUGGACCGCCUGGAGAAGGAGUCCUACUUCGAAAGCCACAACAAGGCAGAUCCCAGUACUCUCAUCGAUGAGGAUGCCGUCUGCUGCAUCUGUAACGACGGCGAGUGCCAGAACAGCAACGUGAUCCUCUUCUGUGACAUGUGCAACCUGGCCGUGCACCAGGAGUGCUACGGCGUGCCGUACAUCCCAGAGGGCCAGUGGUUGUGCCGGCGCUGCCUGCAGUCGCCCAGUCGAGCUGUGGACUGUGCGCUGUGUCCCAACAAGGGAGGAGCCUUUAAACAGACAGAUGAUGCACGCUGGGCUCACGUGGUCUGUGCUCUCUGGAUCCCAGAGGUUUGCUUUGCUAACACAGUCUUUCUGGAGCCGAUCGAUAGUAUUGAGCACAUCCCUCCUGCGCGAUGGAAGCUCACCUGCUACAUCUGCAAGCAGCGUGGCUCAGGUGCUUGCAUCCAGUGUCACAAAGCCAACUGUUACACUGCCUUUCACGUCACCUGUGCCCAGCAGGCGGGCCUCUACAUGAAAAUGGAGCCCGUUAGAGAGACUGGGGCCAACGGCACCUCCUUUAGUGUGCGCAAGACGGCCUACUGUGACAUCCACACGCCUCCAGGCUCCGCUCAGCCUUUAGGAGGAGUUGGUGGAGCCAGCAUAGGCUCCUCCCACAGCGAGGGGGAGCUGGAGGACGACGAUGAGCCAAGCAUCGGUCAUGAUGACGACUCCAAGGGCUGGAGCUCUGAGCGUGCCAAAAGGGCGAAGGCCAAAUCCAGGCUGAAGAUGAAAAGAGCGAGGAAGAUCUUAGCCGAGAGGAGAGCUGCAGCGCCAGUGGUGUCUGUGCCCUGCAUCCCUCCCCACAGGUUGAGUAAAAUCACCAGUAACCUGACCGUGCCCCGGAAAAGCCAGUUCAUGCAGCGACUUCACAGCUACUGGACCCUGAAGAGACAAAGUCGCAACGGCGUUCCUCUGCUGCGCCGCCUCCAGACCCACCUGCAGUCACAGCGCCAUAAUGACCCUCUCCCACCCCAGCCUUCGUCACAGCUUCCUUCAUUGGUGCAGAGAGACAGCGAGGAGAAACAGACUGCUUUAAAGGAGCAGCUCAAAGCUUGGCAAAGACUUAGACACGACCUGGAGAGAGCCAGGCUCCUGGUGGAGCUCAUCCGCAAGAGGGAGAAGCUCAAGAGGGAGACGAUCAAGGUGCAGCAGAUGGCGCUGGAGAUGCAGCUGACUCCCUUCCUGGUGCUGUUAAGAAGUACAUUAGAACAAUUACAGGAAAGAGACACUAACAACUUUUUCACUGAGCCUGUACCACUCGCAGAGGUGCCCGACUACCUGGACCACAUUGAUACUCCAAUGGACUUUCAGACCAUGUGGAACUUGCUGGAGUCCCACCGCUACCUCACCUUUGAAGCCUUCGAGGCAGACUUUGGCCUCAUUGUCAACAACUGCCUCAAAUACAAUGCCAAGGACACAGUCUUUUAUCGCGCUGCCCUGCGGCUAAGAGAGAUGGGCGGAGGCGUCAUGAGAACAGCCAGGCGCCAAGCAGAACGGAUCGGAUUUGACUAUGAAACAGGCAUGCACCUGCACCGAGAGCUGAGCCCAGACAGUCAGCGUGACCAAGAAAGAGACAGGGAGCGGGAGAGAGAGCGGGAGCGGGAGCGAGACAGGGACAGAGAAAGAGACCGCCCAUUGUCUUCUAAUGAAGACGAUCUGCUCCCGCCAGAGAACAGGCGACGUCUGCCCCUGGAAGAGCAGCUGCAUUACCUGCAGGUCCGCCUCGAUGAGGUCAGCUCAGGGAAGCACAGCAUCGGGCAGUCGCGUCGAGCCAAAGCUCUGAGGAAGGAGAUCAGCGUCAUCAAGAGGAAGAUUGCCCACCAGCGGGAGGAAGGUUCCUGCAAGGGCGGCCGGGAGUCUGUGGGAGGAGGAGGUCCGUCCCUCUCCCACCACCCGUCGGCGGGGGGGCACCAUGAUGAGGGGGGAGAGAGCAGCAGCCAGGAGAUUGGUGGAAAAGACCUGGGCGUGUCCUCGUCUGCCCUGGCCCCAGAGGUGGGCCGCCGCACGUCUGUCCUCUUCUCCAAGAAGAACCAAAAAAUGGCUGGACCCCCGAAAAGGCCCGGGCGCCCUCCAAAGAACAGGGACGCCGGCUACGCUGGGCCCGGGGUGGGCCCGAGCCCCAUCGGACCGCCCCAGCUGCCCCUGCUGUCGCCCUCCAGACCGAGGAAGAGGCCCCGCAGCCCCCACAGCAGCUCCAGCUCAGACAGCGACAGCGACAACGACGACCUGCUGCCGGGUUUGCCAAGUAAUGGCUUUGAUGGAGGAAACCAGCCGGUAACCGAGAGCUUCCGUGUGUACAGAAAUGAGCCUCGUCUCCCUCGUUCCAGCUCGGACUCCGAGUCCACCACCAGCAGCAGCAGCAGCGCCGCGUCCGACAGGACCAGUACGACGCCCUCCAAGCAGGGCAGAGGAAAAGCAUCGUUCUCUCGCUCUGCGUUUCCAGAAGACAGCAGCGAGGAAACGUCGGGCACCGAAAACGACUCGUACUCGGUCGGAGGAUCACGGGGAGUUUCACACUUGGUGCGCGGUCGGGCCAGGUCAGGAUGCUGGAUGACCUCUGACGACUACUCCUCCCUGGAAGCUCUGGACCUGGUUUGGGCCAAAUGCAGAGGCUAUCCUUCAUAUCCUGCUCUGAUAAUUGACCCGAAGAUGCCCAGGGAGGGGGUGUUCCACCACGGCGUCCCGAUCCCUGUCCCCCCACUGGAUGUGCUGAAGCUUGGGGAGCAAAUGACCCAGGAGGCCAGAGAGCAUUUGUUUCUGGUUCUUUUCUUUGACAACAAGAGAACUUGGCAGUGGCUGCCACGCUCCAAGCUGGUGCCGCUCGGCGUGGACCAGGAGCUGGACAAGGAGAAGAUGCUGGAGGGCCGGAAAUCCAACAUCCGCAAGUCUGUGCAGGUGGCUUAUCACCGGGCCAUGCAGCACCGCAGCAAGGUCCAAGGAGACCCCAGCAGCGAGACCAGCGACAGCGACUGAAGGCCCCGUCACACCACAGUCCACACACCCACACCCACUGGCCCCCAAGACAAACACAGUUAAUGCACACUAAGCCGUGUUGAAUCAGGCAUGUAAAAUUUUGUAUUUAAGAAAAUGUAUUAAUACUGAUAAUUAUGGAAAAAUAUGCUAUGUCCAGAAUCAUGAAUCCAAAUAUUCCUUGUGUAUGUGAUCUUCAGAUGUACGACGCAAAGCGAUGAUGGUUUACAGCCUCGAAAAACACCAUGGUUUUACACUAUGACGCGUACACGCCCGCUCCUCACACUCCUCUUUCACACACAUUCACACGUGUUUGUUAUUAGUGAAGAUUCAAAUCCAUGUAGUGAACACGGCCCAGCGCCCGCCGGGCGCCGGACCGGCAGGUCCAGCAGCUCCAAGUGUUGGUCCAACCAACGUCCACGUUAUUUAUUCUGCUCUGGAGCGUUUGAUGCUUCCAGUCGCUCAGACGUGCGCCACCGUCGAUCAUGUUCCUGUUUUUACAGUUUUGUUAACGUCUCUGUCUCACGGGUCUAUGAGCAGUCGGGACCCGAUGGCCUCACGUCUUUUAGUCUCAUGCUGACGGCUGUAGAACUUUUAUAUACACAGAUUGCAUAAAGAUAGAAUUUAAUAAAAAGUUGCGUUUUUGUAA